AUUGUAAGAUGCAGAGGGGUAUAAAAAGAGCAAUUAUACGUUCCGUUGCUCUCAAACGUAUGUUCGAUUCUGUCACGAAAGAAGCUGUCCUUUAAAACAAUAUCGAGAAAGUAUCAAUAGGGAUUCGAAAUGUAUCUCAAGAACCGAUUGAAUGUCAUUACCAUAAUAUUGCUCAUCUCUUUGAUUCUUUUGACUAAUCUUCACGAGACAGAAGGGCAAGUGAAUUUUUCGACAGGCUGGGGUAAAAGAAGUCAGAAUAUUCCAACUAGCAGUACGAAUAAUCCAAGGUGCUUAUCACAACAAGGCAGACCAUCCUUGGAACAAUUGCUCAAUCUAUAUAAUUUUAUUCAGAUUGAAGCACAAAAAAUCGUAGACCGUCAGAAGUUAAACAAAUGAGAUGAAAUUCAUUAGACCAACGGCAUCGUACUAGGAUCAUCGGAAAUUACAAGGAUUAGGAUUAUCAACGUUAUUUAAAUAAACUCUCCAAUGUAAAUUGUCGAAGAAACAAUUGAGAUUAA